CAAACGAAAAGAGCUCGGAGAGGAAGUAAAGUAAAGUGAAAGACAAGAACCAGCCAUUCUACUUCAGUUACUUCCUUCCUUCUUCUUCUUCCUCUUUUUUUAAGCAACACCGACAUUUCUUCCACCACCAACAACUCAACAGCACCAUCCACACAAUAUUCCAUUCCAUAACAAUAACAAUAAUAUUAAGCAAUCACACACAAAUUUCAGAAGAAGAAGAAGAAAGAAGAAGCAUUCGCAGCAUCCUCUCUCUUUCUCUUCUUCUUCAUCCUCUCCAUCAUCAGAUCUCUCUGUUAGUUAGUUCACUUCACAGCUCAAUUUUGAGUUGAGAUUCAGAUCUCACUCUGCUAGUUAUCAGUUCACUGUUUAAUUACUGAUACAUGUUAUUUUAGUUCAUUAAUUUGAAGUAAAGAUGUAUGGGAGAGAUCCAUGGGGAGGUCCAUUAGAAAUACACGCAGCAGAUUCAGCAACAGAUGAUGACAGGAGUAGAAAUCUAAAUGAUUUUGAUAAAGCUGCAUUAUCAAGACCACUAGAUGAAACACAGCAAUCCUGGUUGUUAGGUCCUGGCGAACAGAAGAAGAAGAAAUAUGUUGAUCUUGGUUGUAUUAUUGUCAGUAGGAAAAUAUUUGUCUGGACUGUUGGUACUAUCCUUGCUGCUGCUUUCUUGACUGGUUUGAUUGUGUUGAUUAUUAAAACUGUUCCCAGACAUCAUCAUCCUGAACCUCCACCGGAUAAUUAUACUCAAGCUCUUCAUAAAGCUCUCAUGUUCUUCAAUGCUCAACGUUCUGGACCAUUACCAAAGCAUAAUAAUGUGUCUUGGAGGGGAAAUUCUGGGAUGAAAGAUGGAUUAUCUGAUAGUGUUAAUAAGAAUUUAGUUGGUGGUUAUUAUGAUGCUGGAGAUGCAAUCAAGUUCAAUUUCCCACAAUCUUUUGCAAUGACUAUGUUGAGUUGGAGUGUAAUUGAAUACAGUCACAAAUAUGAAGCUGUCGGUGAGCUUAACCAUGUCAAGGAGAUUAUUAAGUGGGGUACUGAUUACUUACUCAAGACGUUUAAUAAUUCUGCUGAUACUAUUGACAAGAUCGCUGCACAGGUUGGAUCAGGAGACACUUCAGGGGGGAGUACUACUCCAAAUGAUCAUUAUUGCUGGACGAGGCCAGAGGACAUUGACUAUCCAAGGCCAGUGUAUGAGUGUCAUGCCUGCUCAGAUCUUGCAGCUGAAAUGUCUGCUGCUUUAGCUUCUGCAUCCAUCGUAUUCAAAGACAACAAGAGUUAUUCAAAAAAGCUAGUCCAUGGUGCUGCGACUCUCUUCAAAUUCGCACGGGAUCAAAGAGGAAGGUACAGCGCUGGAAGUGCAGAAGCUGCGACUUUCUAUAAUUCCACUAGUUACUGGGACGAGUUCCUUUGGGGUGGAUCAUGGAUGUAUUAUGCCACUGGAAAUUCUUCUUACCUUGCACUUGCUACUGCUCGGGGUCUAGCUAAACAUGCUGGCGCUUUUUGGGGUGGUCCUAAUUACGGUGUUUUCAGCUGGGAAAACAAGCUUACUGGUGCUCAAGUUCUCCUGAGUAGAUUACGACUUUUCUUGAGUCCUGGGUACCCGUAUGAAGAUAUGUUGAGCACUUUCCAUAAUCAGACGAGUAUUAUUAUGUGCUCUUACUUACCAGUUUUCACCAGCUUUAAUCGAACUAAAGGAGGCUUGAUACAAUUGAACCAUGGAGCUCCUCAGCCCCUCCAAUAUGUUGUCAACGCUGCUUUUUUGGCAACUUUGUAUGCUGAUUACCUUGAAGCUGCGGAUACGCCUGGGUGGUAUUGUGGACCUAAUUUCUACUCGACCAAAGUACUGCGUGAUUUUGCCAAGACCCAGGUUAACUAUAUCCUUGGAAAAAAUCCUAGGAAAAUGAGUUAUGUUGUUGGUUUUGGACAUAAAUAUCCAAAACAUGUUCAUCACAGAGGGGCCUCGAUUCCUAAGAACAGAGUCAGAUAUAAUUGUAAAGGAGGAUGGAAAUGGAGGGAUACUCAUAAGCCGGACCCAAAUACACUAGUUGGAGCCAUGGUUGGUGGACCUGACAAGCAUGAUGGCUUCCAUGAUGUGCGAACAAACUACAACUACACCGAGCCAACACUUGCAGGUAAUGCAGGUUUGGUGGCUGUGCUCAUUGCUUUAUCAGGUGAAGGCAAACCUUCGACACCCUUAAUUGACAAGAAUACGAUAUUCACAGCAGUACCACCAAUGUUCCCAACUCCUCCUCCACCUCCAGCGCCAUGGAAACCUUAAGCUGGAGGUGUCAGUUUUACUAGAUCAUUUAUGUUUCAGCCCUUCCAGAUUUUGGUGUACUGUCACGUAAGAAAACAAAACAAGGGAAAGAAUGUUACCCUACAGAAAAGGAUCAACAAAUACUAUUGAUUGAGAAGAAUCCAGAAAAGUAAAACUAAUAUAUUGCAUCAAUGUCUUGUGUCCUUGGCUUUGUUUUUCUUUGAAACUGUUUUAGAAGUAUAUGUAUGUAUGUAUGUAUGUAUGUAUCAGAACACUAUACCUUCUUUUGAGACAACUUUAUAAGUAGGAUUUGUGUAUUACAAUGUUAUUCUACUGUCUUAAUUCUUUCUUUC